AUCAGGAGGUGACAGUUUCAGCAUCACGUCAGGAUCAAACUGAGAAUCCAACAGCACCUGUUGUCUCCUUUCAGCCUUUGGACCUGGAACUCACUAUAAGUUCAGAGCAUAUCAGAGAGAGUCUGCCAUCUACAACCACAAAGAUGAAUACAAUUCCUCCUCCUAAGCCCCCAACAGUUCAACCUUUGGAUCUGGAACUUACCAUAACUUCACAGUUUACUACUGAAGGAGAACGUUCUCAAAUUGUGUCAGAGAUUACAAACCAGAUUACAGAACCACCUAAGAAGCCUUUGGAUCUGGAACUUACCGUAACUCCACAACCUACUCCUGAGGGAGAAUUUCCUCAAGCUAUGCCAGAGACCACAACUCAUCUUACAGAACCACCUAGAGAGGUGGUAGUUUCAGUCCCAAUAUAUCAGGAGGUAACAUUUCCAAUGCUACAUCAGGGCGAACCUGAGUAUCCAACAAUGCCUGUUGUCUCUUUUCAGCCUUUGGACUUGGAACUCACUAUAAGUUCAGAGGCUACAAGAGAGAGACUGCCACCUACAACCACAAAGAUGAGUACAGUUCCUCCUCCUAAGCCCCCAACAGUUCAACCUUUGGAUCUGGAAUUUACCAUAACUCCACAACCUACUUCUGAGGGAGAACUUCCUCAAAUUCUGCCAGAGACCACAAUUCAGAUUUCACAACCACCUAGAGUUGCAGUCCCAAUAUAUCAGGAGGUGACAGUUCCAACACCACGUCAGGAUCACAUUGAGUAUCCAACAGCACCUGUUGUCUCCUUUCAGCCUUUGGACCUAGAACUCACCAUAACUCAUCAACCUACUGCUCAAGUAGAGCUUCCUCAAAUUAUGCAAGAGACCAUACCACAGCCCUCUGAUCCACCUAAAGAGAUACGGGCUCAAGCUUCUGUAUUUCAAGAAGUGACAUUUCCAACACCUUCUCAGGUUCACCCAACUGAAGUUACAGUUCAACCUUUGGAUCAGGAACUCGCCAUAACUUCACACUCAACUAAUGAGGUAGAACUUACUCAAACUACACAGGAGACCACAACUCAGCCCCCAGAUACAACUACAAAGGUUGUCCCUACAGCACCACCAAGUCCGGAACCAACUGAGCAUCCAACAACACCUGUUGCCUCACCUCAGCCUUUAGACCUAGAACCCACUGUGAAUUCAGAACCUUCCAAAUUGACUGAAUAUUUUACAACCACACAGGAAACUACAGUUUCUCCUCCACAGUACCAUAAAACGACACUUCCAGAACAAGAUACUUUCAAAGCUGUAGUUACAGUUAAGUCUUUGGAUCAGGAACUUACAACUCCAACUUCCCAUCUGGAUGUUGAACCUUCUUCAAGCACACAGGAAAUCCUUCCUGAGCCUGAGCAGCCACAUGAGGAGGUUGCAGCUCAAGCACCAGUGUUUUAUGAAAUCCCAGCAAUUCAGGGUCACACUCAGCAGCCAACUCUUUCUGAUGUCAUGGCUCAACAUACAGAAGUAGACCGUACCCUGUCUACAAUAUCCACUGUAGAGACUAAACUUUUUGUAGCCCAUAUAAUAUUACAGCUUUUCCUUCAAAACACCAAGAGAUCACCCUUGUACCUGAAGACCAGGUUCAGGAUCAGCAUGUAAACCCAACUCGAGCCACAGUUCAUCCUUCACACCCA